AUGGUAUACCAGGUGCGUCUCCUGAACGAACUAUCCAUAACUUUGCGCCAUGAGUUCCCGCCCGCAAAGCCUGCACCAGUGGACGAGCGCUGCUUCAUAUGUCAUCGCGCAUUCGGAGUAAAGGACGACCCAGGAGAUCCAGAUGAGGUUGCCUGUACCGCUCUACAGUUCUUACCAUGUCGUCACCUCGUCGGCAGCGAAUGUGUUGACGACAUGUUGAAGUCCACUGCUCUGCGAAAUGUGUGUCCUCUGUGCGGCACGCCACUGCAGUCAGCUACUCUGUUUGAAUGGGCGAGGAAGAUGAGCGAGACAUAUUCUUUUGUACUGGUCGAGUGCGAACUUGCUAUGCUAGUGCAUAAGAACCCUCGCAUGACCAGUACCUUUCACUCUCUUACUGAUCGGCUCUUCGAGGAGGAUCUUACCCCCCUGCAGGCCUUGAAGCUGUGGGGCUACCAUGUCGGAGUAGCGUUGUACCUCUUCGCCAUCAAAACAGGACUGUAUUUGUCUGUUUACAUCAUAUGCUGGGUUCUUGGCUGCUUCCUAGCUGGACUUUACCCAGAGCUUUCGCUCGCAUCUCCCCUUUCGAGCUAUCCCAUCGAUACGCCCUUGAACUCUAUGAUGUUGGGGCUACUGUUGGUCGCCCUGAUCGUGUUCAUUGUGUUUAUUGUGGUUUGGCACCAGGUGCGGGUGCCAGUGCAUGGAAUGGCCGAGCAAGACGAGCAGGGUGGAAUCCGCCGCCUCCUUCUACUUUACGAAGACUACCAAGACGUAUUUGGUCCCCUUCUAGCACUAGUCCUGCUAGUAGUUAAUCGUCCCUUGAAAGGUGUGCCGGCUCUGGCACUUGGUCUUCAUACACUUGCUUCGGCAGUUCUAUACAGUGUGAUCACUGGUAUACUAAUAUCACACGGUAUACGGCAGCACCCGCGGUAA